GCGGAUCCAUUUCCGGGUUGACGGAGGAGGCGGCGGCGGCGGCAAGAACCGGAGAGGUCUAUGAGCGAGCCGGGGCUGCCCGGCCAGGCGGACAGAGGGCAGGGCCAGCCGGGAGCGGGGAAAGGAUGCCAAUCCCUCCGCCCCCUCCACCACCGCCCGGCCCACCGCCCCCGCCCACGUUCAGCCAGGCCUGCACGGAGCCGCCCAAACUGAGCCGCGAUGAGCAGCGGGGUCGCGGCGCCCUCCUGCAGGACAUCUGCAAGGGGACGCGGCUGAAGAAGGUGACCCACAUCAAUGACCGCAGCGCCCCUGUUCUGGAGAAAUCCAGGGGCGGAGGCGGCGGCGGCCACGGUUCCGGCCCCGCGGCCCUGCACCCCAAGGGCGGGCUCUUCCAAGGUGGCGUGCCCAAACUCCGCCCAGUCGGCCUCAAGGACGGGACGGAGAGCCCCUCGACGAAGCCCGGCCCGCAGGUUCCCGUUUCUCGUGCCGCCGCCCCCCGCCCUCCCCACGAUGACUCCGCCAGCAGCCGGGCCUCCCCGCCAGAGCUGCCCCGCACGCAGAGACCCUCCCUGCCGGAUCUAUCGCGACCCAUCCCCGCCAGCGGCAGCAGCCCGGGCAUGAGGCACAGCUCCUCGGCACCACCGCCCCCGCCGCCGCCACCCGGCCGCCGCGCCCACGCUCCCCCGGCCCCGCUGCCGGGGCCCGGCGGCAAGGCCGCGGCCUACAACCGGGAGAAGCCGCUGCCGCCCACCCCGGGGCCCAGGCUCCAGCCCCCUCCCUCGCCCGGCAGCGCCCGGUCGGGACUCGGCGGCCAGAACCCGUGCCUGGCUCCCCCGCCCCCGCCCCCGUACCGCCAGCCCCCCGGCGUCCCCAACGGGCCCCCGAGCCCCACGCUGGAGGCCGCCCCCGAACUGCCCCAGAGACACAACUCUCUGCAUAGGAAGGUCCCGGCCCCGCUGCGAGGCCCGGCGCCCCAGCCGCCCGCCUCGGCCUCGCCCUCGGCGCCGACCGGCCGCCCGCCGCCCCCGGCCCGAGACCCUCCCAGCCGGGGAGCAGCACCGCCGCCGCCGCCGCCCCUGCUGCGCAACGGCCGGGACGCGCCGCCCCCGCCCCCGCCCUACCGGGGGCUCGCCACCUCGAAGCCCCCGCCGCCCCCGCCCUCCAGGACUCCGGCCGGCCCGCCGCCGCGCCGCCUCCCCCCCCCGCCCCCGCUGAGGAACGGCCACCGGGACUCCCUCGCCACCGUCCGCUCCUUCCUGGAUGACUUUGAGUCAAAAUAUUCCUUCCAUCCUGUGGAAGACUUCCCCGCUCCCGAGGAGUACAAACACUUCCAGAGAAUUUACCCCAGCAAAACGAACCGAGCCGCCCGGGGUGCCCCACCCCUACCGCCCAUCCUCAGGUGAAGCCCCUCGCGGGCCCUGCUCCUUGGUAAAGAAUGGGCCUUUCUUUGCCCCCACCAGAAACCCGCAUGGGGGUCCCCCGCCCGCCACCCCCCCUCCCAGCAGCGCAGCCGCCCGACCAGAGCCUACAAGACUCGCCUCCCCCAGAAGGCACCGUUGGCCCCGGCCCCUCGCUCAUCCCCCCCACACCGGCCCCGACUCUUCCCCGGCGGGGGCCGGGAGAGGCCAAGGUGUUUCUGGGGGCUGGGCCAGAGGGACCAGCAAUUGGCUCGCAGCUGCCUGGGUCGCCGGGGAGAGAGGGGUCUUCUUGGCUGCCCCUCGGGGGUGUUGGUCCGCUUCGGGCGGGAAGACGCCUGUGGGGGCUGGCCGUCCUCUACCGAUCCGCUGAGCUAAAGGAUCUGCCGAGGAGGGAGCGUUGACCAGCUCCCUGGGCAAACCUCUGCUUCCCGCCCCCCGGGCCAACUGAUGCUCUCUAGGCAUAAUACAGGGGACCACGUAAUCCCACCUGAGGAAGGCCCAGGGCCACCCACCCCUGGCCGGACCAUGGCACUACCCCCCUGCCCACCCCUCUUGGCUCCAGACCGGAUCGGGAUGCUGGUAGCCCCCACUUCCACCCUCUCCGGCCUGCCCAGUGAGUGCCGCAGAGGUUGGGCAGUGGGUGGUGGUGGCUCCAACCCAUCUGACGUGUUGCGGAGUCCCGCUGGAUGCUUGCCCAAGGGGAGACGGCAGUACAGCCCGGCGUUGUCCUAAACCCCCCGCCCCUGCUUCCCGAGCCGGGGCCGUCGGGCAGCAGCAUCGCCUCUGCCUCGUCGGCCUUGUGCCCUCCGAGUCCUGUUCCGGGUGUCCGGCCUCUGAGCGGGUAAUGCGCCGUCCCCCGAGCGCGGGGCCUGGGCUCCUUGCCCGCCUGGCUCCAUUUCCUCGGUUGCACAAGCUGUAGGAUAAAGGUGGCCCGCCACCGCUCUCCCCGGCCCCUUUCCUGGCUCGCGGGCCUCUGCGGAUGCCUCACGUUGAGGCUCGGGUGUGUCCCAGCCCUUGGCGCUCCUCCCCACCGUCCCCAGACGCACCGAGCGGGGGGCUUGGUUUGUUCUUUAAAGGAGAAAAGCAGCUUCAGGCAGCACAGACGUUUUCCCCCGGGUUUCCCCCCUAAGCCCCUGAGGACCGGCGCUUGGCUUGGUGGUGGCUCAUGACGUGGCACAUGGAGGUUGGGGGGGCCUGGGGAAUUGCCCUGUCGUGUGGGCAUGUCGGUGAGGGACCCUGCAGGCACGGGUGAUACCCCCGGGACCCGGCCAGCCCAGAUGAGAGGAGAGAGUGGCAUUAACUGGAGGAGUUUCUGGAGGCGGGCGUGUCGUCGGAGGGCUUCGGUGGGUCGGGUCUGCCCACCCCGGCCCGCCUGGGACCAAGAGCCAACCGCGGCAGCCCACCCGUGCCCCCCAGGGCCGUUCCCUCCCGGCCUGCCCGCCGCCGCUCUCACAAAGUUGGCAGGGACUGGUCAGUCAAGGAAGUGUUUAUCCCGGUCAGUGCCACAUUCACUGUGCCUUACCUGGCUCGGGUGCCCUGUCACCGCCCCCCCCCCCCCCCCGUCUUCCCUCCCUCAUGGACUGAAGCAUCAAAGCCCCCUCGUCGACUGGUGGGCUUUUCCUAUCAUGGCCUGGCGAACGCCCUCCUCUAGGGUCUUUCUGUCCUGGCUCAGGCCCACCACCUCCUCCCCUGUCCUGACCCCCAACCCGCUGCCAGGGGCUCAGCGGGGCGGUGGCGGGGUUAGGAUCUGGGUUUAACUUAUUGUGGGAAUGUACGCCCGGUCCCCCUUCCCCUCGGCGCUGCCCUGUCCCCGUCUGAUUAAACUUCACACUGGAAAGCAACCGCA